CAGCGGGUAUGGCCCCUAUCUGGCGACCUUCAUCCGUGAAGAAGGAGAGAUGGGCAGCUGACAAGAUGGUCAAAGGGCGCAACGAGCCUUGUACGAUUGGCCAGGUAGCCCAUGUCGUUGCCAAGCUGCACAGUGUACCACUCGACGUGCUAGCUGAGCAAGUCUGGCGCAACACUCAGGCUCUAUUGCAUCCGAGCGAGUCUGUUUGACACCAACCAGCUUGCCAAGUCACGUGAGCUGCUCCUUUUGUGCUUUGGCGCUUGCCCGCCUGAGAUUUGUGGUCGGAUGCCUGCCUCUGUCCGCCAUUUAGGCAUCGAGCUUGCCUUGGCAAAGCGAUUUGUGCGAUGCAGGGGCAUCGACUGCAGUAGGUUGGGGCACAGAAAGCAAAGCAGCUCUGCCGUCAAUGUUGCACAGAGAGAUGGCGCAAGGACAUCCUCUCACGUCGUCUUGUCGCCUUCCUUACAGGCAAAGGCCAAGCUCAGGCGGAUGUCCGAUACGAUUGAAGCUCAAGGUCUACUCCCAUGUCGUGCUGCACUUCUCCGGCGGCUACAGCAAGCUCAUGAUGCCAUCUCUGCCAAAAGACGGCCUCAAGUCGCCAUCGUCUAUGCUCGCACUCAGGCAGACGAAGGCUACCGCCUUGUCUCCGACCUACUUGACAACUCCUUUGCCUCGGAUCAGACGAGCAACAGGCGACUGCACGACCGGAGAGACCAUCUGGCGUCGGGCUUGUUAAGGCUCAGCCGAGAUGCAUCAUCUUCAGACAAUGGCUCGUCCACCCUGCAGCUGCACAGGGACCAGUAUAGCGCAGACUGCGAUUAUCUCGAAUGCGUGGUUGAUGGUGAGCUGGCAGACAGACAGCUGGACGAGCUUCUGCUGUGCACCAACGUGCUCGUCCUAGUACAGCCAGAUACUCUUCUCUCGCCCUGGAGAGACCUCAUUGCCUCGCUAGGGCCUCGCAAAGGCCUCGUCUUUGCACUCGUCUCAACGCCAACCGUAUCCGAUGACCAGCUGUCACGAAUCGAGCAUGAUUGGGCAGACCAAUUGGACUUCCCGCCGCCGUCAGUCAGACCAGAAGUGCUCGCACUGGCGCCGGAAGUGAAUGCACGAUUGGUUCAGCUGCAUCCACUGAUCCAUCCACGCAGCGAUGAGGAUCUGAGUGCCCUAACGAAUAUACAAGGCCUUGUAGCAAGCGUCAGAACACGUGUCGUCGCAGACACCGUCGACAAGGUCUCCUCGCUUGAGCUGGCAAGACGAAUGCUGAGAAACCACGCCCGAGACGCCCAGCGGUAUCGCAACGAAACAAAUCACCGAGUAGAACUGAUCAGGAAAGAAACAGAGACCUCACGCGCACUGGCGCCUUCAUCGGACCUUCGCAGAGCUUUCCCCUGGACCAGACUACCUCUUGGUCUCAGCGACGAUCUGCUUCCCUUUAUGUCUAUCGUGGCGCAAACCUGGAACAACGAAGUAGCAAAGAAGCUCGUUUUUCUAGCCGGUCGUCUGGCCGCAGACCGGGAUGUUCGCUCGUCGGCCGCAAUCAAGCUGGCUGCAACGGUCGACAAUCUCGAUCCAACCACAAGCCUUCCUGCAACCUUGCAUAACCAGCUCCGCCAAGCUGAGAUCAGACCCGCACUGGACAUUCAAUGUCUCGCAGCGCCAGUUGCACACAGACGUGCGCAAUUUCUUGCUGCCGGUGGACCAGCAGAGCGACUCGUCGUGCGCGCCCAACGAGCGUCUAUCGAAUUCUGGGCGUUAGCCUCGAGUUCGGCCUUUUUGGGCUACUACCUCCAGCUCAUCGGUGUAGCAGUGCAGAGCACAGGCAUUGGCGUGGGUCUAGCUGGCCUCGCUAUCGCUGCCUGGCGACUACAAGGCCGCUGGACGAAAGCCAUGCUGCGUUGCGACCAAGAUGCGAAUCGCAUCGCGAAGGGUCUGUCGUUUGAUAUUCAGCAUGCUGCCGACGCGACUCUCGACCAAUCCGUUCUGACUGUCGAAUCCAUACUCUGCACGACUGGCGAGAACAUUCUGGCUGAGAGGCAGCGUUCGAUGCAGCAGACCUGCGCAGACGUUCAACAGAUCGAUUAA